CGGACCAAGAAUUGAAAUCGCAGAGUGUUACUGCCUUUUUGGAUCGUCCAAUUCCGCAUCCAUCGAGCGAGCAGCAGCAGCCAGCCAUGUAUCGCCGCGCCCCGUGCCUCCUGAACCGCAUCAUCGCCGGAGGCGGUCGUCGUAGCGCCGCAGCCGCCCGCCCAUUCUCGACCGACCUCCCGGCCGCCCCAACGGAGGACACGGCGUUCGUGGAGGCCUGGCGGAAGGUGGCUCCCAAUGUUGACCCUCCCAAGACGCCUUUGGCCUUCAUGAAGCCCCGCCCCGCCGCCUCUCCUUCCAUACCCACCAAGCUCACAGUCAAUUUCGUCCUCCCUUACCAAUCCGAGAUCGCCAAUAAGGAGGUUGAUAUGGUCAUUGUCCCUGCAACUACAGGGCAAAUGGGUGUUUUGCCUGGACAUGUAGCCACCAUUGCAGAGCUGAAGCCCGGUGUUCUAUCUGUACACGAGGGGAAUGAUGUUACCAAAUACUUUGUUAGCAGUGGGUUUGCAUUCAUCCAUCCUAACUCAGUUACAGAUAUAAUUGCAGUUGAGGCUGCUCCUCUCGAUAAUAUUGAUCCAACUCUGGUCCAAAAAGGACUAGCUGAUUUCACCCAGAAGCUGAACUCAGCUACAACCGAUUUGGAAAAGGCUGAAGCACAGAUUGGUGUUGAUGUUCAUAGUGCAUUAAAUGCAGCACUAUCUGGUUGAUGUUAUUCUCCAUUCCCAUUUUGAGCACAAAGAGAAGUCAAACUCCUGCACAAGCUGAAAGAAAACUUGUUAAAUAAAUUUUACUUUCUGCUGCAAUCGCAUUGUACUCUGGCAACUUCAUUGUGAUACCGCAGUAGGAUUGUGAGUUGUUUUGGCUUUCUGUGUUUCUAUUUUUUCAGAUUUAUCAGUCAUAAAUGCUUAAUAUCAUGUUGAUGAA